AUGGAUUAUUCUUAUAUGACUACACUUAACUUGUCUCCAACACAUGUGUAUGUUGUUGAGAACUCGAGUGAAACGUUAACAUGUUCUAAAGAAAAUGGAAACUUAGUAGAAACACGUUGGGCCAACUCGAAAUUUGAAAAUCAGCUAGCUAACUUGUAUAUAUCUCCUAACGAUGGAUCAUGUGUAUCGUCAAACUUUCUUUUACAAAACCGUUUGUUUACUGGAGUAUGUGGCGACGGUGUAUAUUCAGUAAAAUUAAAUAGGAUUGACCGCACACAACAUGGUGCUGAAUGGCAGUGCACUGAAUAUUUAACAACAAGUAAUAAAGUUGUCAUAAAUGUAUCAGUCCCUGCUUCAGGCGUAACCUUGAGUCAACCAAGUGGAGAAUAUAUGAAAGAAAAUCAGACAAUAAAAAUAAAAUGCAACACUUCCGCAUGCCGACCAGAUCCAAGAGUACAAUGGUAUCUUCGAAAAAGUACUGGUGAAGUUGUGAAAAACUUAACACAAUUUUCCACUGGCAUAUACGAUAGAAGAGAAUAUGGUCUCGUGACUGUUGAAAGUAUACUUAACUUUACGCCAAAUAGAACAGUAAAUUAUAUGAGUUUGUUCUGUGAAGUAUGGACAAGGUCAAAGGAUAAAGCUGAUAUAGUAAGCAGGGAAGUUAUCAUUACUGUUGCAUACUGUUAA